AUGUCCUCGACGUCGCAGAAGCACCGCAUCGUGGCGGAGCCCAUGGGCGAGAAGCCGGUGGGGACGUUGGCCGGCAUCGGGGAGGUGCUGGGCCGCAAGCUGGAGGAGAAAGGGCUUCGACAAGCCUACGUGGUGCUGGGGCAGUUCCUGGUGCUGAAGAAGGACGAGGAGCAUUUCCGCGAGUGGCUCAAGGACACGUGCGCCAACGCCGAGCAGUCGCGGAACUGCUCCGGCUGCCUGCGCGAGUGGUGCAACGCCUUCCUCUGAGCCCCCCCGGGACCCCCCCGAAUCCCCCCCAAAUCCCCUCGCCGAUCCCCCCGGAUCCUCCCCAAAAUCCCCCACCGAAUCCCCCCCAACCCCCCCAAAACCUCCCAAAUCUCCUCACGAAUCCUCCCCGAAUCCCCCCCCGAAUCCCCCCAAAACCCCCCCGAAUCCCCUCACGAAUCCGCUUCAAAUUCUCCUCAAAAUCCCCCCGAUUCCCCCCAAAUCUGCCCCAAAUCUCCCCCCAAUCUCUCCCCAAUUCCACCAAAAUCCCCUCACCAAAUUCCCCCGAAUCCCCCCCAAAAUCUCCCCCCAAAUCUCUCCCGAUCGCCCCCAAAUUCCCCCCCCCCAAAUCCUUCUCCAAAUCCUCCUAAAUCCCCCCAAAAUCCCCUCACCGAAUUUUCCCUCAAUUCCACCCCAAAUCCCCCCCCGGGUCACCCGAGCCCCCCCCUGGGGUGGCCGGGAUCCCCGAGACGCUCUUGGCCCCCCCAGAUCUGCCUGGGGGCCCCCAAAAUCCAUUGGGGGGGGUCAAAUGCUGGGGGGGGGGGUCAAAAUGCACCGGGGGGUCCCUAAGCCCCCCCGAGUGCCCGCAGGACCCCCCCCCCCCAAAAAAGCCUCUCCGGGGUGUUGAGCCCCCCACAGGGGUGGAUGGGGCCCCCCCAAACCGCCCUGGGGGGCCCUGACACUCUCGGGGGGUUGGGACCCCCCCCCAGAAUGGCUCUUGGGGGGGGGGCAGAUCCCCAACCCCCCCCGGCGACCCCCAGAAGCCUCCUGGGGACCCAAAACCCCUCCGGGACCCCAAAAUGCCAAUGGGGGGGUCACCAGCCCCCCCCCAGCCCCUCCCCUGGGGGUUUCUGCCUGUUGCCCCCCCACCUCGCUUUGUGGGGGGGGGCAGGGGGGCCCCCGAAUUUGUUUGUAAAAGGAGUUUUUAAGAUAUACGAAUAAACAUUUGGCUGUGUUGGA